GGAACACUACAUAUAUCUAAUCAAAAGAUCUCCAAACAGGCAGUCCCGGUCCGGACCCCUCGCUUCUUCUUAUUCUUCUCGUUGGUAAUCUAUCCGUUUGUGUUCAAUUUUGGAUUUCUAUGUCUGAUACACGUGUGUGGUUUCUUUAUUCGGCGUUUCAGUUUGUAUGUACUGCUAUAUUCUUAGUUGUGUGUGUGUGUGUGUGUGUUUUUUUUUGGUGGUAGGAUGUAUGCUGAGAAUCUGACUGUUGUGGUCUAAUUAUCAUCAUUCUUUUUGUUUCCUUGUUUCUCCGCACCUUAAGGAGCUGUUUAUCUUUUCUCCUCGACUCAGUGUCAGUGUUGGUUUUCGUUGUUCUGUGCUUUUCUUAUUUUAAAUUUUCUUGCAGUUAUUAUUUCUUUGUUGCUAGAGUUUGUUAAUUGGAUUGCGAGCCUCUGUGUAUGUGUGUGUUUCGUUAUGUGCUUGUUUCUUAUAUUCUUACAAAUUGGAUCUUCUUUUGUGUGGUAUUUAAUUUAUCUCUCUCCUUCUCUGUUCAUUUGGAAUUUGAUUGCUAUCUCAUAGGAGUGUGUCUGUUAUUUGGUUCUUGAAAUUUGUAUCCGUGGCCAAGCUCUAGUCUUUUCUUUCCAGACAAGAUUUUUUCUAUUAAAUGUGGAUGGUUUUGGUUGGUUAGGUGUUAUGUUGAUGGAAGGUUUGAAAAUGGAAGCAAACCAAGAAUUCACACCUGUUCCUCCUCCUCCCUCGCAGCCAGAGACUGAAGAAAUUGGUUAUUGAUUGGUCUGAUGUGAUUUCUUCGGCUGUUUUCUUGCUUUGGUAGAAAGGAAGGCUCGGGUAGAAGCAGUCUGGCAGCAGAUGAACAAAGGAAUUUCAACCAAGAACCUGCAAUCCAUUUUAAAGAAGCAGAAUGCAGCCACUAAUAAAACUUCUCAGAAACCUUCCUCGCAUAAUUGGAUGACUGCUCUUCGAUUGGGACCGAAAAAGACAUUGCCAAUCGAGGCAGGUAUAACAGCAGACAAGUGCACUGCCCCGGCAACUGGAAACAAGCCAGGAAAUGGAACCAGCGAUGAUGCAAAGAAACUGGCUGCUGCUGCUCUCCAAGCAGUUAAAGAUGCUGCCGCUGCUGCAACUGGCCAUGGAAAAGUUGAGGUCACAGAAGUUCGAGACUUUGCUGGUGAGGAGGUUGAAGUGAAGAAGCUCGUUGAUGCCAACUCUGAUAAAGGCAAAGCCUCGGUUGGCCCUGUAUCAGCUGUUGAUGCUGUUCUUGAACAAAUAAGAAAGAAGCCAAAGUUGAGUGUACUUGACAAGACGAAGAAAGACUGGGGAGAGUACAAGGACGAAAACAAAGGUGUGGAAGAAGAACUUGAGACUUACAAAAAGAGUUCAAAUCAGUAUCUGGAUAAGGUCUCCUUCUUGCAACGUGCUGAUUAUCGAGAAUUUGAGCGCGAGAGAGAUGCUAGACUUGCCAUGCAAUCCAAGAGGAAACAAGAUAUGCGAGAGGACGGAAUUUGA